UUAUUUUGAACACAACUGUACAGUAUAUCUGAAAAUUGAUCAAUCCUGAAGUACUGACAGACAAUCUAAUUUCUUGAGGUCCAAGAAUGACAGAACAGCACAGAUAUCCCCCAAAUGACCCCUUUUUGCAAAGUAGACAGUCCGACGUAUUUCAUAACAGGCAUGGCAAGUUUUUUGAAGUUGUAAUUUUUUUGUUAUAAUUUUUCAGAAAUGAAGUAUAUUUUUUUUACAUACUGUCACCA